UAAUGAGUCCGUUGAAAGGAGGUCAACUCUAAUACUGCGAAAAAUGUUUUCCGAACACUUGCACCUGAUAGUUGGGCGGUGAUCCGGCUGAAUCGCCGUGAUGUUAAAUUCAGUAGCUCAUUAUUGCGUUGGUAUCCGAUCGGUCGAACAUUCGCGGAUGGUGUGUGGAUUAGUCAGUUUUAUUCGAUAAAAAUCAACAGUGAUAAGACAAUGAAAAUAGUGAACUAUUUGAAAGUGUGUUUAGUGUUCGGUUGUGUUCUCGUGAGCAUAUCUGCUGAUAAGAAAAAACGUGGCCUUUAUCAUGGUUUGGCAGGAUAUACCGUUCCUCUGGGCGUAGGUUUCCAUCGACCAUAUCAUCCAAGUCCCUACGCGAAGUUUCCUGGAUUACAUAAAGGACAUGGAGGUGUUCUUCCACCCGGAUAUGCACUGUUCCCAGGAAGUGCAACUGUAACAUCAUUCCACAAAAAUUACCCCAAAAUACCAGCCAUAUACGGAUCAAGUUAUAUACCAACAUACCAACCAGCUCUUGGUGUUUCUACAGCAGGAUUUGUGCGUCCGGUUGCGAGUUUUUCGCCACCAAUUGCUUCGGUAGCACCUGUAUCGCCUGUAUUCGGUCAAUCUUACCCCACGUUCGCAGAAGUUCCUGUUUCACAAGCGCCUACCUAUGUUCCUUUUGGAAACCCCCAGGAAACUUCUUACUUUGCGGCCUACCCACAGAAGCCGCUUAUUCCUGUUGCUGUUCCUGUGCCAGAAAAACCUAAAGUGCCAAUCCUAGCACAGAGACCAUUCUUCACAUCAUUCUCGAAUGUUCUCCCAAGCGGAGUUGUUCCUUCGGGGGCUUACAAUCCAACGGUUGCCGUCUCUAAUUUAUCUCCAACGUUUGUCGGGGUUCCCAUUGCUGGACCAACCGCCUCAACCCCUACUGUAACAACUGCCUCGGGAGCUCACCCGGGCCAACAAUCUUGGCGCCCAGUUAUCGUAAACCAUCAUCAUCCUACCGUAACACCAGCAACAACAACCGCGUUCAAACCAUCGCUAAGUCUGUUGCCUCCUUACGCUCUUCCAUCCAACUCCCAGGGUCAGAUUUACAUCAGUAGCACUCCUGCCCCCCACAUCGGGGAUAGUCAGCAACAGCACCAACAGACGCUUUUUGAUCUUGAGCAAGCAUCUCCUCAUCACCAAAACCAGAACGAUGGGAACGGAGCCUUCAAUGGUCAACCAUAUGAUGUAGCUUCCAACCACGGUCGAUAUACUGGCCCAUCGAGCUACGAUGUCGAUAUAACUCACAACGGUUACCAGAAGAAAUGAUCUCGGAACCGCCAGAACUGUUACAGUUCAAAUGCCAUUGCAAUAUUGUGGAUAGAUAUAAUUGGUAUAACAUUAGAUAAUAUUUAUUGACAUUGCGCAGCGUCUUUUCUUGAAUAUGGAAUCAAAAGACGUCAAUGCCGCCCACGUGACUAACACUAAUGUUCGCAUCUAAUUUUGGCAGAGACGGAACUAUUUUAUUAUUCAUAUACUGUUGUAGAUUCCCAUUUCUAUAUGAUAAAUGAACAUUACUUCAUAAUCGUACGUGCCUGUAGAAAAUAUGGAAGUU